CCGCGGCUUGUAAAACGCGCCGCGGAAAACGCACGGUCGGCGAGCUGUGACUUAACCCCCUCCAUUCCGCCGGCCUGGACCGACUUUUAAGGGCGUCCUCCCCGACUUCCUGUUCAGGAGCCCCAAUUUACUCCAGUGGCCGGAUCCCAAUUCUCCCUGUCUUCGUCCCGUUCUGCUGUCCCCUCUGGAGUUCCUGGGGCGGUCAAUGGGCAGCCCUCCGCGGCGGACUCUGGGUCCGGUCCCCCUAACUCGCACAGUCCUCCUUAAGGAGCUUCACCCGCGGAGAGUAGAGGCGGGUGUUUUGUUCUUAUAAGGAGGAAAAGUUUCUGUGACAUCCAGGAAAUGAGUAACUCCGAAGCUCUUUAGAGCCGGGCUGAUGGAGACCAGAAGGCGGGAGCUGGCUGCGGUGUCGCCGCCCCCGACUCACUAAUUGCCCCUCCGCCGCCGCCGCCCCCCAACGGUGCGUGCGGCCCGGGGACCCGCGAGUGCAGCUUGAGUCCGCGCAGAACUCCCCGCGACCGGGAUCGAGAGCGGAGGCUAAACGAGGGCCUGUUAUUAGCUCCAGUUCACAGGUCAGGCAGCAGAGCCCCAGAGAAGCCAAGUGACUCACCCAAGACCACUCAGCAAGGCGUGGAGCCAAGGUUCAAGCCCAGGCCUGUCUGCUUCUACAGGUUCAUCUGCUGUUCCCAUCCCAUCACAGCUACCCUUUUAUGAAGAGACCGAAGUUCUGAGAAGUUGAGUGAUUUGUUCAAAGUCACAUAUCUAGUAGGAAAGCUCCAGCCAUGGCACUGGGGCUCUUCCGGGUGUGUCUGGUGGUAGUGACAGCCAUCAUCAACCACCCGCUGCUGUUCCCACGAGAGAAUGCCACGGUCCCUGAGAACGAGGAGGAGAUCAUCCUCAAGAUGCAGGCGCACCACGAGAAGCUGCAGCUGGAGCAGCUGCGCCUGGAAGAGGAGGUAGCGCGGCUGGUGGCUGAGAAGGAGGCCCUGGAGCGGGUGGAAGAGGAGGGCCAGCAGCAGAAUGAGACCCGCACGGCCUGGGACCUGUGGAGUACCCUCUGCAUGAUCCUCUUCCUGGUGAUCGAGGUGUGGCGGCAGGACCACCAAGAUGGGCUGUCGCCGGAGUGCCUGGGUGGGGACGAGGACGAGCUGCCUGGCCUGGAGGGUGCCCCCCUCCGAGGCCUCACCCUGCCCAACAAGGCCACACUGGAUCACUUUUAUGAGCACUGCAUCCGGGGGGCCACAGCCGAUGCGGCCCGCACCCGGGAGUUCGUAGAAGGCUUUGUGGAUGACUUGCUGGAAGCCCUGAGGAGCCUCUGCAACCGGGACACAGACAUGGAGGUGGAGGACUUCAUUGGUGUGGACAGCAUGUACGAGAACUGGCAGGUGGACAAGCCACUGCUGUGCCACCUCUUUGUGCCCUUCAUACCCCCUGAGCCCUACCACUUCCACCCAGAGCUCUGGUGCUCCAGCCACUCAGCACCCUUGGAUCUCCAGGGCUACGGCCAGAUCAAGGUGGUCCGGGCUGACGAGGAUACACUGGGCUGUAUCUGUGGCAAGACCAAGCUUGGGGAAGACAUGCUAUGUCUCCUCCAUGGCAAGAACAACUUGGUGCGGCCAAGCAGCGAGGUGGAAGACCCACUGUGUGCCAAAGGUUCCCCAUACCUGAACACGAUGCAGGUCAUGAAGUGGUUCCAGACGGCCCUCACCAGAGCCUGGCACCGCAUCGCCCACAAGUACGAGUUUGACCUGGCCUUUGGCCAGCUGGACACUCCAGGGUCCCUCAAGAUCAGGUUCCGCUCAGGGAAGUUCAUGCCCUUCAACCUGAUUCCCGUGAUCCAGUGCGACGAUUCGGACCUGUACUUUGUCUCCCACCUUCCUCGGGAGCUCUCCGGGGAGACCCCAGUGUCCAGCACUGACUGGCUCCUGUCCUUCGCUGUUUAUGAGCGACAUUUCCUCAGGACCACAUCGAAGGCACUGCCCGAGGGCGCCUGCCACCUCAGCUGCUUGCAGAUUGCCUCUUUCCUGCUCUCCAAGCAGAGCCGCCUGACUGGCCCCAGCGGGCUGGGCAACUACCACCUGAAGACAGCCCUGCUGCACCUCCUGCUCUCCGGGCGGGCUGCUGACUGGAAGGCCGGGCAGCUCAAUGCUCGUCUGCACGAGCUGCUCCGCUUCCUGGAGAAGAGCCUGCUCGAGAAGAAGCUCCAUCACUUCUUCAUCGGCAACCGCAAGUUGCCUGACACCAUGAGACUCCCUGAGGCCGUGCGCAGGGCCGAGCCGCUCAACCUCUUCCGGCCCUUCGUCCUGCAGCGAAGCCUCUACCGGCAGACAGUGGACUCCUUCUAUGAGCUGCUCAAGAAUGCCCCCACGCUCAUUAGCGAGUACUCCCUACAUAUACCCUCAGACCAUGCCAGCCUGCCCCAAAAAGCUGUCAUCUCGUAGAGCAGCCGAGACCUUGAGGGCCAAGACGCAAGACAUCCCACCUGUGUAGACCUUCUCCUGGGAAAAUGGCAGGCUAUCUGUGGCUCAGCCUGCAGGGAAGCCAGGCCCGAGCGUGGAGAAAACAGAACUCCAAGCCAGAAGCUGGUUUGCUUUCGUGCCGUUGGAGCCUGCUAGUAAAGCUAUGAUCUGGGUUUGGAGACCGAUCCUUUGCAGCUCGCUUUUGGAUCAUCACAAAUGGCCAAGAUAAUGACGGAACACUCAGUGGACGCUGAGUUGGAGAUAAUGUAACAUCAAUUUGGGUGCAAUUCUUUUUACACCCCAGGUUCAGUAUUUACGUGAAUAUCAACAGAGGAUCGACAGGAGUACUGACGGAUCCAUGUUAAGACCCUGCACCCCUAUUUCCAGGAGCCUUUGGCCCCGAGCAUCUGCAACCAAAGCACCAGUAGGGACAGUUGUGGGAAUUUGCUGCCUUCCAUCCACAGCCUGCAAAAUCGGGGUCCCACUGUGACUGCCAUUGUUUAUACUAUUUGAGGAAAAGGCCUCGUAGAGAUUCAAGGUCCCAAGUGGCUAAUGUCUCUGUUGCACAGAAGUGUGUACUUGGUGACAGAGAGAAGGUUAAGUCAGUCACUUUUUCAGCAACACAUCUCAUUCAGGGUGCACCCCCUUUUCUUGCCCCUUCUCCCGAUCACUGUGGGUACCACAUACCAUGCCAGAUACAAGCUCAGCAGCCCCACACCCCUCUUUAUUCUCUCUACAGCUGGUCUCUCUGACCACCAGUGUGGCAGACGCUGAAGGUUGAAGCUGAUGAGUGACACAGAGUGACUGGAGUGAAGGAUAGCCUGGCACCCAGGGCACUGGACUCUGGCUUGUAGUCUGGCCUCUGAUGUCCAGUUCAGAGGAAGCUGCAGAGACGGGAGGUGAGGGAUGCCGUAGCCCUGAGUCCCCCUCCUAGAGCAGGUCCCAGUCCUAGAGCAGGGUGUACCUGGAAGCAAGAGCCGCUAUGGAAAACCAGCUCCCAUCUGCAGGCCCCAAGACCCCCUCAACUGUUCACUCCAGCAGGGGUCCCUCACUGCACAGCACCCCCUUUCUGGGUGGGCCUUGCUGGCUACACAGAUGACUGAAACCCAAAGAGCCUGACAUUGGCUCAGCUGACUGCGAACACACACAGACAGCACUGGGGGCACAGCCCCCAGGCCUCAGAGAGGCCACCUCGGCAGUGCUGGGGACUGCGGUUGCUUGGCGGGCACCAGAGCCUGUGGUUGGAGCUGGCCUCUGUCUCCAGGCCUGGUUCGGGAGGGUUGGGAAGCUGUUCCUCCUCCCCUGUGGCUUCACUGGUCCUUUGGGAUUUUCUUCUUUUGGCUUUGCCCCCAGUAACCCUUGCAGAGGACCAAGGAGGAAACAAGAAUGAGUGUGCCUUCACCAGCACCUGGGGUCUCCCUCCAGGGAGUAAGCUGGCCCUGCCUCCCAGACAGCACAGCCAAUUCCAUGGAGGUGUCAGGCUCACCACAAACUGAAGAAAAGAUUCUGUCCCUACCCCAGGAGUGCUCCCAUCUAGCCUCAGAGUGCUCAAGAAGAUGGACAGUUUGCCUGACAGGGUUAAUUCAGGGCAGGAGGCCCAGCUUCGAUGGGGCAUCCAUGUGAGCUGGACUUAGGUGGACUUGAGCCUGCACCUCCCCAGGCCCACAGUGGCUGGGAUGGUCCAGGGACUGAUCCUGCCCACAUGGUCUCCAACAAUAGCCCGAAGCCCCCCGUUCUGUCGAGAUUAAUUUCCCGAAUCGGGGUAAAUUUCCUUAUUUAUUAUUGCCUAUGACUUUCCUUUCCCCCUCUUUAUCCUAUCUCAUUGUACUUGGAAGAGACCCCAGGAACCAAGAACCAGCCUCCAGAAGCCAAGACAAAGCCUGGCUCUCCCUCAGCUUCACUUUUGCUUCCGGGAGAAAGUUCACUGAAAAAAAAAAAAUACCUUCUAGCCUCUUGUUUAUACAGAGGACAGAAUUCAGUAGGAAAAUGGAGAUCUUUUAUGCACAAAAGCUGCUUAUGAAGCAGAAAGCAGCAGGCUCUUGGUGUUUCAUGCUGCCUUAUUUAUAUUAAAGGAAGAAUUAAAUUCUUGCAAGAAGUGGAAGCUUGUUUUUGUUUUGAACUUCAGGAAGUCUGUGAGGUGCCCAGGGCAGAGUUGGGAAGGAGGAUGGAUUUCCUAUUGACGAGAAGAUGCUUUCACUCCUUUUUAUUCUUAUGCUUUCAGGAAACUUUAAAAACAGCAAAAUAGGAUAAUUCUAACCCAUCUUUGAGGCAGCCUGCAGAAUUCCAGAAAGGGUCUUUGCAAGCUGAUACAGCUUCCGAAAGAUAAGACUGACCAGGAAAAGCAUUCUAGCCAGCACCAUGGAGUGAGGGCAGGAAAGCAUAUUAGAUAUAAGCAACAUUUAAGUAGCACCUACUGCGGGAUAGGCACCCUUCUACCUGUCUUUAUGUGUAUUAUUUAAUUCCUCUGCCAGUCCUAUGACAUAGGUGCUGUUAUUCUCCCAUUUUCCAGAUUAGGAAUCUGGAGAAUUAAGGGACUUGUCCAAGGUCACAUAGUGUUAAGUAGCAAAAUCAGGAUUCAAACCCAGGCAGUACUGGGAUAUAUGCUGAUAUAUACUAAGAAAUCAAAGCAAAUUAUUUUGAAACUGUUGAGUGGGGUCCUGACCAUAGGACGCCUCGAAUGCUAAACCCAGGUAAAUUUGAACUUCAUACAAUAAGUUAUUUCAUAAUAAAAUUUGGACUUAAUACAGUAGCAAACUAUUGGCGAUUUUUAAGUUAGACAAUACCUUGAUUUGCCCCAAACUACAAAGUUCUGAACUGUGAUCAGUACUAUGUUAGAUGCUGGGGGAGAGGAGGUAGUUCUGGCCUGCUUCUAGAGUGGGGUUGGUGGCGACGGGCAGCGGUCAGUGAAUGUCACAGAAGUCCUAACAAGUGAUUCUGAAGGCUGUAAUUCAGAACAUGCCCGUGCUCCAUCCUAACCCCACCUCAUGGGAUAGAGCCGGAAGGUGAUUUGGUUUGGCCGACAGACCGAGAGCAGACAGAGCCAAGAACCACACAGUGAAGGAAAUGUGUGCCUUCAAUUCCUUCAACUCCUUCAAUUUACCUCAUCCCUGCCCACUUUGCUCUGCUCUGGCUUGGCACACUCUACCAACCCUGGAGGGGUACCUGGAGAAGAAUAAGACAAGGGCGCUGUCCUUUUAGGGCUAACUUUUCUCAUCACCAUCCAAAGAGAGCUUGUUUUUCUAACUAGUUUUUUGUUUUUAAAUAAAAGCAAUACAGUCAUGAUAAAAAAAAAAAAAAAGCUCAACCACUGACA